AUGGAUUGUACAAGGAAAGGUGAAGCGAAACAGAAGGAGGAGGUUGGUUUCAGUCGACUCGCCUCCUUCGUAUACGAAUACGAACCGUUGUCUCAAGAAGAUCUCGAAUCAAUUGAAGCUACUCUUCAAUCUUCUCUUCCCACCACCACCACCACCUCUACCACCACCACUACCACCACCACCACCACCACCAAUAACAACAAUAAACGCCCCAUCACCUCUCACUCUCCCACUCGCCGCAGCAGCCGACGCUUGCCUACAUCGCUCAUCGCUCUUCAACUCCCACGUUCCUCCUCUUUCUCGCCUUCCCCAGGCCAUUCAAAGAUGCGGUUGCCUGUAAUGAAGUUUUGUGGGAAAAUCAUGUAUAGCAGGACUUUUAAUGAUGUUGAGAAAGCUGUAACAAAGUUCCUAAAAGUUAUUGAAGAAAAGAAAAGAGAGAUGAUGCAAAUUGCAAUCGGAUUUGACAUCGAGUGGAAACCCACCUUCAGAAAAGGUGUUCCGGCUGGGAAAGUAGCAGUGAUGCAGAUAUGCUGUGACACUAGUCAGUGUCUUGUUCUUCACCUAAUUCAUUCUGGAAUCCCUCAAAAUCUUCAGCUUUUACUUCAAGAUUCCACAGUUUUGAAGGUUGGAGCUGGGAUUGGCGGUGAUGCUACUAAGAUUUCUAGAGAUUAUGACAUAUCCAUUAAAGGUGUAGAAGAUCUUUCUUUUCAUGCUAAUCAAAAGUUAGGUGGAGGUCUUCAUAAGUGGGGUCUUGCAUCGUUGACUGAAAAACUUUUAUCAAAACAGCUUAAGAAGCCCAACAAAAUAAGAAUGGGAAAUUGGGAGACUCCUAUUUUAUCAAAGGAACAACUAGAGUAUGCUGCUACAGAUGCUUUUGCUUCUUGGUUUCUGUAUCAGACUAUUAAAGAUCUCCCGGAUGUGCAGGAUGCUACCGACAAGAGUAGUGAAGUUGAUGUUGUGCCGCAACAAUGA